AUGUUGCUAUAUGAGUGGAUUGCAGAUGAUAUCGUGCCGUUUACGACUCAUCUUCUUUCGCCAUACACAGUUUGUGAUGCAAAUCAGCCUCUCAAUGUAUCAAUUUUUCUCUAGAGUAACUAGCAAGUGAAAAUGGACGCCGCCUACUUUUUUCUACAACUUUCUUCUAUAAUUGCAUAAACAAAGCCGCUGCUCCUUCUGUAUCUUUUCUUUUCAAUUCAAAUGGAGAGCUAAGAUAUUUCUCCCAGCAGGGUCGUCAUUUAGAACCAUCCACUUGUUCUUCAUCAUUACAAAUGCAAAUGGCAAAUCCUGGAAUCCAAUUUGAUGAAAGUUGGAUUAAUUCACCAAAAACUGGAAUUCAUCAGGGUGGAAGCUCAAGCAGUAAAAGUGGAAAGGUUGAUGGGGAUAAUGAAAAUAAGGAGAUUACAAGGCAUAGAUAUGCAUUUCAGACAAGGAGUCAGAUUGACAUACUUGAUGAUGGUUAUCGAUGGAGGAAAUAUGGGCAGAAGACAGUUAAGAACAGUAAGUUUCCAAGAAGUUACUACAAGUGCACCCAUAAUGGAUGCAGUGUGAAGAAGCAAGUCCAACGCAAUUCUAAAGAUGAAGAGAUUGUAGUGACCACUUAUGAAGGAAUGCAUACGCAUCCAACUGAGACAUGUACUGAUAACUUUGAAGAAAUAAUCCUCAGGCAGAUGCAAACUUAUAGGCUCCUUUCUAAUACUCACGUAUGAAUUACAACUGGGGAAUAAAUUAAUAAUCUUCCACGUACAGUAGGAACAUGUAUUUUAAUUAAUUCUCUGUGGCAGGGAUGGAUGCACUGGGGAGGAUCCUGUGCCAAGAUUAAAUAUUCAUGUUAGUUUUUCCUGGUUCAGUCUGGAUUGAAAUUCAGAUACUUUUCUUCA